UAGCAAUACAAAUCCAUCAGAACCGUUCAUCUAAAAAUGAUCUUAAUCCUUCAUUUUAAAACAUCACCAAUCUUUUCCAUUCGCUCUUUUCUUUUCAGAAUCGUUCCUCUUCGGGUUCCUUCUGUCACUGCAACUCUUCUCCACCUAUCUUUUGCUUCGGCUUCUUCUCAUACCUUCUUUCUUCAAAUCGGAGUUCCUCAAGAUUGUUGGUUUCCUCAACAACAUCAAAUUUCUAAAAAAGGAAUAUAUCUAUCUGCCGAAAUCUAUCAGGAGUCUAGCCGAUUAUACCUUAAUCUGAGUUGGAGUUCGUUGUCUUCCAUUUCUUCAACAAUCAGGGAUGCUAUUGAUCCUCAAAGACAAUGGAGUCGAACACAGAAGCUAGCAGCACACUCAAUAGCCUUAGAAAGCCGGAGACUCUCCUUAUGCCAGUGCUAAACACGUUCAGCUAAUAGCUCAGGGUUGCAAGGGAGCAUUUCGAAGAAGCAAAGGCUAGAGGCAUGACCUUUUUUCUUAUCUCAGUAUAAUUGUUAUGCUUUUGAAGAAGAUCGGUAGAAGAAAAGUAAUAUUAACGGGUAACCUGCAGCUAUUCAUUAGUGGUAUUACGUAUGAAAAGUAAAUUAUUUUUUUUAACCCACGUUUGCAUUGGAGCAGAAAUAUUAUUAUAAAUGUCUAUGUAUCCACAUCAGCUUCAUAGGUUGUCUACUAAAGUGACGUGUCCAUUUUUAAUGAGUUGUAAUCCACGUUCCCAUUAAAGUUGCUCUUAUACCCUGUUUUGCUUUA